AUGGUAUCAGAGCGACCCAUGUAUACCACCAUGUGGGUUAUGGCACCAGUGAACAGACCCGGAGAAGGCCGUGGUGACUCUGUAGAGUAUGCACCAUUCUACAAAUACGUAUCCGCCGGAGGUUCUUCGCCGUUCAAAAACGGCGAAGGAUGUGGAGCUUGUUAUAAAGUAAGAUGCACGUCAAAUCCGGCAUGCUCGGGGAACCCCAUAACGGUGACGAUAACGGAUUUUUGCCCGGGAAACUGCGGGGCCUAUCAGUUUGAUUUGAGCGGUACUGGCUUUGGAGCCAUGGCAGUCCCUGGCAAAGCCGAUCAAUUGAGGAGUGCUGGAAAGGUCCUCGAGUCCGAGUGGAAUGGGGAGCCUAUGCUCAUGAUGAACCCAAGCUUUCUUUUGUAA